AUGGGUGAGGGAAGAUGCAGUGGCAAUAGCACAAAUGUUAUUACAAUGCUAAUAUUAUGUAUGUUUGUGUUUCAUCCUAAGAUGAUCUGUGCUGAAAUUUUCACUGUUGGUGAUGGCCAAGGUUGGUCCUUUGGUGUUGAAAAUUGGCCUGCAGGAAAAACUUUCAAGGCAGGUGACACACUUGUGUUUAAUUAUGCUCCUGCCCUACACAAUGUGGUGAAAGUGAGUGCGGCAGAUUUCAAUGCAUGUGUGCCUAAACCUCUAAGUGGAUCAACAGUUUUUACAUCUGGAGCUGAUAGAAUUGUACUUGUUAAGGGAACUAACUUCUUCUUAUGUGGUAUUCCUGGUCACUGCGGUGCAGGACAGAAAAUUGCAGUCAAUGCUAUUUAA